AUGAACUUAGUUGAUUUGGCUGAUGGGAUCGGUCUCCGGCAUGAUACGAUAGAUUUUGCGCAGUGGCUGGACGACAACGAUCCGUUGCGUGAAUAUCGAAGCGAAUUUCAUAUCCCCACAUUGGAUAGUGUGCAGAAGUUAACCAAAGUAUCACUAUCUCCUUGCUAUGAGCGCCGAACCUCGGAGGUGAUAUAUUUAUGUGGUAACUCACUUGGUUUGCAGCCAAAACGGCUAGAUGUUGCAUUGCAAACCGCGGUUCGACAGUGGGCGGAUUUGGGGGUGCUUGCUUAUCAUUAUGGUCAAUUUCCUGCAUCAUCCAGUGAUCUUGAUGUGACGGCGGAUGUCGCCAAGUAUAUUGUGGGUGCAGAUCCCGAUGAAGUCGCGACCACAGCCAACCUGAGUGUGAACAUGCACACACUUCUUGCUGCUUUCUACCGCCCACAAGGUAACAAAACCUUGAUUAUGGUGGAAAAAGGUCUGUUUCCCACAGACUAUUAUGUUUUGGAAUCCCACGUUUCAUGGCAUGGAUUGGAUCCUAAAGAACAUCUUCUACAAAUCGAACCACGGCCGGGUGAAUGGUGCAUAAGCACACAACAUAUCAUUGAAACGAUUCAGACCUACUCAGACCGCUUGGCUUUAAUAUGGUUACCUGGAGUUCAGUAUGCUACUGGCCAACUCUUUGAAAUAGAAAAAAUCACGGAAGCUGGACACAAGUAUGCCGGGUGCUAUGUUGGAUGGGACCUUGCGCACUCUGUCGGAAACACAUUGUUGGAAUUACACAAGUGGAACGUAGAUAUAGCUGUGUGGUGUUGUUAUAAAUACUUAAACGGGAGUCCAGGAGCUGUGGGUGGACUGUUCGUACACCAAAGGCAUCAUCAUGCCCCUUCUACCCACGGACCCGCUGUACGGGGACAAGGGACUCAGCAGCUUGGUCCACAAUGGACCGGUUGGUUCAGUCAUCGCGCAGAGACACGAAUGGAAAUGACGAAUCGGAUGGAGCUGGCCACUGGUGCAGCAGCAUAUAGAAUCUCAAACCCGCCAUUUCUACUCUUGGCUGCCCUGCGUGCCAGUCUUGACGUCUUUAAGCAGUGUGGUGGAAUGAGACCUGUGCGAGAAAAGUCAGUUAAAUUGACUGGGUAUCUGGAAUGCUUGUUGAAGCACGGAAAGUUUACUCUUCCAUCUGCAUACUUCACUUUCGUCACUCCGAGCGCGCCGGAGGAGAGAGGAGCUCAGCUGACUAUUGCAGUUAGCGCACACGUUCAAGACAUUUUUGAAGAACUUCAACGAGCUGCAGUUAUUGUUGAUUUACGCCACCCAAACUUCAUUCGUGUGACACCAGUACCCAUGUACAACACAUUUGUUGAACUGUACCACUUUGCAAAGUGCCUGUCGUGUAUUGUAAGUAAGAUCUUCCACUAA